GCCACUAUGAUUUUUUUCAGAUUUUUAGAACUUUAUUUUGGCACCUUAAAUCAAUUUCAAACAGAUUUUUAGAAAUCACCUUUUGACAGCUGGGCAACUGUUUGACAGCUCCGCCCAGUACAAACUGCGACGAGGGGUGAUUCGACAAAUCGCUCCCAUACAUACUUCAAAUUGAUUUUUAAAUAGGUUCCCGAGCACCAACAUUCAUGAAAAUUUGGAUUUCGGCUUAGUUGACAUGCAGAUUCAGAAUUGAUUGAUUUGUCUUUAUUAAAGAAACUUUCAGCCCUUGGCUGGUUCGUCUUUGAGAUUCAGAAUAUCGAAUUAUCUCAACACCGUUAAAGAAGCCAAGAGGAGCAAUAUCGUGACACACAUGUAUAUGCAUCUACAUCAUACGUUUACGUUGAGCGAAAAUUACUUAAGUAAGAUUUAUAAUACAACUUUCAGAAACUGUUCAACAUUUGGGUAGUGUUCAACAAUUAGCGAAUUACCCUACUCAUCACUAUCGCUGUUUGACGUAAAUUUGAGUAACUCCAUGAUCCGAGACUGCGUCAAAACAACUUUGGGUUCAUUGGUAGUUCCGUGCAAGAAAAAGCUCUAAAUAGUGAUAAAAAAUGCAUUUGGUUUACUCACAGUUUUAAUGUAAAUUUUUAUAAUUGAAAAAUGGAUGAACAAAGGCAAAGUGAAAACAUUUACAGAUUCAAGUGGUUUAUGUCUCUUGCAAGAAAACGUUCCCGUAAACCGGAAAAAACAUCAAAGCAACAUCAAGCCCCAGCGAAAAUGACUCACAGUAGUGGAGUAUUUUUUACCCUUCGAAAACGAUUUCAGAACCUGACUUCAGUGAACGUAGAAGCAUAUGAACCAGAGCAAUUUGCCUCAGACGGUGAAAGGAAACAAAUGGCAGAAUUUCCGAAUACUCGUUCAGAAAACGAUUUUGUUCGGAUUGUUUUGGAGCGCCACAGCCAGAAUCCUAUUAGAUUUUCCUCACCCAAUGUAAAUCUACCUGUGAUAUCGCUCUGCGGAGUUCAACCAAUGCCUAUACAAGUACAGCCUGAGUUUAGAAAUGUUUGCUGUAUCGAACGAAUAAAUGUUUCUGAUAAUCUUGAAACCAUGAUGGAUAAAGUGAGAACGGAUCUCUUGAAAUACGGAUGGUACUGGGGAAAACUAACGCGAUCGUCUGCUCAAAAACGUCUCGCUCGUCAAGAUAAUGGGACAUUCUUAGUGAGAGAUUCAGAAACCGAGAAACAUAAAUUUUCCAUAAGCUUUCGAAGCUCUGGCAUCACACUGCACUGUCGGAUUGAUUACAAAGAUAAUAGUUGGUAAGUUCGAACGAAACAAAUUCAAUGAAAUGUAUUAAUAAUUAAUUAACGAAUUGGUUAGGAGAACAGAGAGACUGGCCCAAAAUGCUCUAAAUUGCGGAACCUUUAAAAACUUUGCAGCAGUUUUUGAAAAUUGGUGUGUUUGUAUUUUUUUUUUUCAUUAUUUUAGAGAUUUGAUUAUGUUUAAUGAUUUUCCACUUUGAGUGCAUAAUAACAUAAUUAACAUGAUAUCGAGAAGGUCAUUCCUGUGAAAUCGCUUUGACCCAGUAAACUUUUUGGUCUGUAUAAUUUGUGUUAUACACUACUAGGGUCUGGGACCAUUUGGGCAGGAGCACCUAUUUUGGGCACUUGCUGCUAUAACUCAGUGUAUUUCAAACCGAUUGACUUGAAUUUUUGAACAUGGCUGGAUACUGUGUCAUGUAAUGUCUUAAAAAUCAAGUCAAUGGUUUGAAAAUUGACUGAGUUAUAGCAGAAAGUGCCCAAAAUAGGUGCUCCUGCCUAUUCAAUCGUAUGAACUGCACCAAACUGCUAUACACAGGGGUUUUUUCGGCUUUCAGUCUGUUAAGCGUUUGAAACGAAAAUUUCUUUCUUACGCCAGACGUUUCAAUGAGCUAUGCCAUCUCUUUCAAGGGUUCUGUAAAGGUAUUGGCUUAGUUACAUGAAAUACAAAAAACUACAGUCCUUCAAGAACAUUUUUCGUUUUUCGUCUGGAGGUUCAAUUUUUGCGUGAAAACUUGUCAACAUAUUAUGGUUCAUCAAUUUCCUAAAAUAUCACAUUCAAAAAACACGUUUUAGAAAUUUGAAACUACAUUAAAAACAUACAAACCAGUUAUACUCGAAAGUCACCGACGGUACUCUGCUCUCCCUAUUUUGGAAGUUUGCCACAUCGUUAACACGGACGAGACGGUAAACAAGCGAAGCGAUUCCGACGGUCUUAGUAACAUUUAUGCAGGAAUUCGUGAGUAAUAGUGACACGGCUCCAUCCAUCUAUCCGGCACCAGCACCACUAGUUAAGGUGGUUGCUCAUCAUCCUCAUUUAGUAGUUACCGUUGAAGGCACCAUUGUGGAUCGUGAUUGCAACUGGAAUCCGGUUGCUGUAUGCUAUAUAACUUUCGAAGAGCUGACUACGGCAGUAUAGUAGCAUUGUUGUCCAGUAUAAACUGGAUCAAUAUUUUGGACAUGACAGCGCUGCACAGACUUUUACCAAUAUCUUGCUUUACGCAAUCGACAGACACGUUCCUAAAAAAGUCGUUAAAGAAGAUUCCCGGACCCAAUGGAUAACGAACAAUUUGCGUUCAUUAAAAAGAAUUAAAAGAGCUGCUCUCCGAAGGUACGUUAAAUACCGCACUCCAUCGCUUAAGAUCCAGUAUAUCAGACUCAACUACGAAUACAAGAGGUUAAGCCAUUUUUGCUUGGGGGCAGCAGGG